GGAAAAACAACCUAAGGGUAGUUGGUACCAGAAUACCAGCUCGUCGACACUCCCCCGCCUUCCCUUGAGUGACCGGUGAAACACCCUCCACGUUUUUUAACACUCCCACCUGCCUCUUCUUACUCAUCAAACCUCCUCCCAUUACUGAGUGGACCGACCAAUUACCACCUCUAUUUAAACCCACCGUUCCCGACAGCUAACCCCAUCUCUCUCUCUGCACAAUAUAUGAAUUGUCAAAUGGCUCCACCACCAUCGCUCGCUGGACUCCAGGUCGAGGCCACUGCGUUUCCACCGUCCGUCAAACCUCCGGGCUCCUCCAACACUUUGUUCCUCGGCGGCGCAGGGGUGAGGGGGCUGGAGAUUCAGGGCAACUUCGUGAAGUUCACGGCGAUCGGAGUGUACUUGGAGGAUAACGCCGUGCCUCUGCUAGCCGUUAAGUGGAAGGGUAAGACCGCCGAGGAGUUGUCGGAGUCCGUUGAGUUCUUCAGGGACAUCGUUACAGGUCCGUUUGAGAAGUUCAUUCAGGUGACAACGAUACUGCCACUGACGGGCCAGCAAUACUCUGAGAAAGUUUCGGAGAAUUGCGUUGCCUUUUGGAAGUCAGUGGGAAUUUACACUGAUGCAGAAGGCAAAGCCAUUGAAAAGUUCAUUGAGGUCUUCAAAGAUCAAAACUUCCCACCGGGCGCCUCUAUUCUCUUCACACAAUCUCCGAAAGGAUCACUCACGAUUUGCUUCUCCAAUGAUGCAUCCGUGCCACAAGCUGCAAAUGCGGUGAUAGAAAACAAACUACUUUCCGAGGCAGUUCUAGAGUCGAUCGUGGGAAAGCACGGUGUUUCCCCUGCAGCAAAGCGAAGUUUGGCCGCGAGGUUACCCGAACUGUUGAACGGGUGUAAUGAUACCGAAGCCGGAAAUGAAAAAUUGGAAACCAAGGUAAAGGAGGUUGCUGUGGAGGCAUGAAAACUGAGAGAGGAGAAAUAAAACUUGGGAGUGAUUGCCGUUCUGUAUUUAGUGAGUUAUUUACAUACAAUCUAUGAAGCUAGAGGAAAGUGCUAUGUCUUGUUUUAUUUAAAGAGAACGAUCAUGUUUUUAUGAGAAAUAACAGUGUUGUUUUGUUA